UAUAAUGCAUUCUUAAGAUAAAAAACUACCAAAUGUCACAACUCAUUUCUGAAUUAAAGAAAUUUUAAAAAGCACUUUUUGAUAAAAUUUAAUAAAUAAGAAAUCAAUAAAAAUUUGCAAACUUGGUAAAAUGUCAAAGUCUUGCACAAGGUUAUUUGGCGAUUUAAAAAAUGUUACAUAUGCAGUUAAAAGAAGUUUUCGAAGUGCAAAAUUAGUAAAGGAGCAAGCAGAGGUAAAAGAUGUUUCUAUACCAAUGCCCUGGGGUCACAUAGCAGGAAAAUUAUGGAAUCCACAUCUCGAAACACGUCCUAUUUUGGCCGUACAUGGCUGGCAGGAUAACUGCAAUACUUUCAAUACAUUGGCCCCAUUGUUGCCAAAGCAUGUCAGUUUAUUAUCAAUAGAUUUUCCAGGACAUGGAUUGUCAUCUAGAAUUCCUGAUGGCUUGAUGUACUCUACAUUUGAAUUGCCUGUUGUUUUAUACAGGAUUCAACAACACUUUGGAUGGGACAAAAUUUCAUUGUUGGGCCAUUCCAUGGGUUCAAUCACUAUUUUCCUGUAUUGUUGUAUGUUUCCUGAAAAAGUUGACAUGGCCAUUGGCCUCGAUGCAUUAAAACCGCACAUAUUUCCACCAGAGAAAUUUGCACAAAUGUUCCAGAAAAAAAUUCAAGAUUUUGUGAAAUUUGACAACUAUAAUCUUAAGGACAGUGAACCCCCAUGUUACACUAUUGAGGAAAUGAUUGAACGAUGGCAUAAAGGUACAAAUAAAUCAGUUGAUAAAGAAUUCUGCCACCACUUAUUAGAAAGAUCUAUAGCUCCAUCAAGUUCUGAUCCAGAGAAAUUUUAUUUUACUCGUGAUAAGCGAUUGGCAUCGAUGAUAUUUGCAGGUCUGAAUCAAGAAAUUAUAAUUGCUUUAGCCAAAAAUAUAAAUAUGCCUUAUAUGGCUGUAAAAGCAAUCAAUUCUCCAUAUUAUGAGGAUAAAAAAUACUAUUAUGAAGUCCUUGAGGUUUUGAAGCAAAAUCAUUUGUUUGAACAUCAUUAUGUUGAAGGAUCUCAUCAUGUUCAUUUAAAUGAACCAGAAAAAUUGCAAACCAUUAUAAAUGAUUUUAUUAUAAAAUACAGGCCACCUGUUUAAUGUAGUAUGAAAUAGAGCAAUUUAGAAGUUUUAAUUAAUAGAA